AUGGCGAGCAUUGACAAUGCGAUGAUGGCUUUAUCCAUCGAAGAGGAGGAAGAGGUACCCUUUGUGCUUCCAAACCUUCCGAAGUACUGCUCCAGUGAGAGAAACAUUCUGAGCAUUAUGGGGAGAACUCUGAAUCCAUCGUGUCAGAAUAUGGCGGAUUUAAUCUUGGAUAUGCCAAGGAAGUGGCAGGUUUACGAUAGGGUUCGAGGGGUGGCCCUAUCAAGUGAACGAUUCCAGUUCAUCUUCAAGUACGAGCAUGAUCUGGAGGAGGUUCUCAAAAAGCGUGUAUGGACUUUCAAUGAAUGGUCUAUCAUUAUUGAUCAAUGGGUGGAGAAACCACCGGAUGAUUAUUUGAAGUUUAUGCCGGUGUAG